AUUCGAGACCCAACCCUUGCUUCCCAUAUCGUUCAUUCGUUCAGUGCUUCUCAUCCCCCUUCCUCUAUAUAUCCCCCUUCGAAUCUCCCUUACCUAUAUAAACAUCUACUCUUUCAAAUUCCUACCCGCCUUACAUCAAAUCAUCUGCAACGUUCGUCAAUUCUCAGUCUCCUGCGUUUCCCAUUGAUUUUAAUUUUGAAACCCAUCUCAGAAUUUCCAGAAACCCUAAUCUAAGAUCUCACAUUCGAAGAGGGUGGCCGGAUAGUUAACGAAUCACUACUUUCUGGACUAAUUUGAUUGGGAAAAGGUUCAUUCGCUGAAGGUGUUGAUUGAACUGUGGAGUUAGAGAAGGGAUAAGGAGGAGGGUUUGAUGGCGGAUCAAGCGCUUGAAGGGAGCCAACCGGUUGAUCUCAUCAGACACCCAUCUGGAAUUGUCCCUACUCUUCAAAACAUAGUGUCUACUGUCAAUCUUGACUGCAAGUUGGAUUUGAAAGCUAUAGCAUUACAGGCUCGAAAUGCAGAAUACAACCCUAAGCGUUUUGCUGCUGUUAUUAUGAGGAUAAGAGAACCCAAAACUACAGCACUAAUCUUUGCUUCUGGGAAAAUGGUUUGUACAGGAGCCAAGAGUGAACAGCAAUCAAAAUUAGCAGCAAGAAAGUAUGCCCGAAUUAUACAAAAGCUUGGUUUCCCGGCAAAAUUUAAGGAUUUCAAGAUUCAGAAUAUAGUGGGAUCAUGUGAUGUGAAAUUUCCAAUUAGACUUGAAGGACUUGCGUACUCUCAUGGUGCUUUCUCAAGUUACGAGCCGGAACUGUUUCCUGGAUUGAUUUACCGUAUGAAGCAACCUAAAAUCGUGUUGCUCAUUUUUGUUUCUGGGAAAAUUGUUCUUACUGGAGCUAAGGUUAGAGAAGAGACAUACACUGCCUUUGAGAAUAUAUAUCCAGUGCUAACAGAGUUUAGAAAGAAUCAACAAUAGUAAUAUUCAGUAUGGGAAUGAGAGAAUGAAAUUUGUAUUUUUGGCCUUUAUGCCAAUUUAUUCGUCGAUUGAACAAAUAUCACCCACAAGAAUUUUGAAUUUUGUGACUUUUUAAUGGUUUUGAGUAGGUUUUUAGACAAUUUUGA